AUCUGCAGCCAUCCCGCAGGUAGAACAUUACCCAACAUGAAGCAUUCUCUUCAAUCUUUAACCCUGACCUGUUUCUUGUUUUUCCGUUUCACACUAGGUAAAGUAGAUGAUUAUGAGGGUCAAACCGCCGCUGCAGGAGUACUUGGAAAUGAAUAUUUACCUAACUAUGGAGGAACAAAUGGAGGAUAUUCAUCUGAAAACGGUGAUUCACCUCAAUAUGGUGGUGGCACAAUUGAUGCUCGACCUGACUAUCUUUUCUCUAAGGCAUUGCAAUGUUUCACUGAUAAGCAUCUGCAGAUUUACAGUAGUUGUGAAGAGUCUUACAGAUUGACUGAGACAGGGGAGCUCCAUGUACCACCUGAAUAUACCGAUCAAUACUGCAAAGGACCCUGCUUGGAGGAGACUCACCAUGUGCUUAAUUGUCUUGGAAGCAUACUGUCGCAGUUCAGAUUUUAUAAUAAAGCCACCGUCAGAGCAGUCGAAGAGACUAUCAAGGAGGGAUGUAGCUAUGGCCCUGAAAGAGGUCUUUUCAAUGUUGCUGAGCACAUCCUAGCUUAUGACAACACUGCUUUUCGUGCUUCAAAAUCGUCCAUGCUGCAUAGCUUUGUUCUGAUGACUUUGGCCCUUAUUUUCUUCCUUUGAAGCAAUGUUCACAAAUGAAGAUAUUGCUGGAAAAACUAGCGUCUGAUUUACAUGCAACGCUCUAGUUUUUGACUAGUGUGUUGAUCAUGUGGUACUAGUAAACAAAAGUCCAUCUGUUCAUUAUUAGAUAUUGAUCAGUAUGAGAAUGUUGUAGUUGUAACAUCUAUUUAUUGGAUAUUCUUGUUCCA